GAAGAACUGACGAAAUGCUCGGUUUAUUUAGACAGACUGUCGUACUAUCAACCAAAAGAAUACCACGUAGAGCACCUAGAAAGCCAACAUACGAUGGUACAGGGAAGCUACAGUCUACAGAUUCCUACCUUCUCGCUGCGAGAGUGAAGGAACUCAGUCAGAAGAAGAAAUUCAAUGAGGCUUAUGCAGUUGUACAAAAUGAAUCUAGAGGAAAUGGCCUUGCUAAUGUCGUCGUAUGGAACCAGCUACUCCAGGAGUCACGCAUAAAUCAGAAACCGAGCGAUACAUACAAGCUUUUCAUGGAGAUGAAAAAGAGAGGUAUUACACCAAAUAGCCGUAGUUACACUAUUGUUUUUAGAGCACUAAGCGGUGUAGAUAAAGAGAGACCCACUAAGAAGGUUAUAGAAGCUGCAGAGACUAUCUUUCGUCAAUUUGGCAUUUAUCAGCAAAGUCUAGAUGACGAAAUAGACAGAAAUUUGGUGGAGGAAGAGAGAAGUGUGCUCCCUAUCAACGCAUAUCUAUCUAUAUUGUCAAAAGUAGCACAUUCAAAGGAUAUGAUGGAUGUAUUUGAGGAUAUGGCAGAUAUCGGUCCUUCCUCUGCAGAUACUUACACCUACACGACACUCUUUCAGGGUCUUCUCAAGGCAGGACAGAGGGAAGACGUUGAGAGAGGACUCACGCUUUGGAAAGUCUACAUGGACAGACUAAAAGAUGCCUGGAAACAUAGCAAAGACACUCCAGAAUGUCAGAGAUUGCUCCCAGACACGGCCUUGAUAUCGACUGUAUUGAGACUUCUUAGUAAAGGCACGCCAAAGGACUGCAAGACGGGUCUGAUGAUUGCCCAUAUUUUCUUAGGUGUACCUUCACAUUCACCAUUUAUAGAGAAAAAGGAACUAAACAUACCAAAAGUUGAACUCAAUGAUCGUAUUAUAGAUUCGCUGUAUCACUUAGGAUUGGCAGCUGAGAGGCCGUCACUGGUAAUCAGACAUGCUGACUUUUUACUCGCUAUGGAUAGCGUGAAGAAGUACAUAAGUACGCGUAGUAUGUUCUUUGCACUGCUUGCUUGCGCACAGGAGGGAAAUUCCGACAAAGCUAUUGAAUAUCUUCAUAUGAUGUGCACAGAGCUCAGACGUGCACAACCAGAUUCACAGUCAUUUGAUCAAGCAAUGAGUGCUGCAAUGAAAGCUCGUUCAUACAAGCAUGCAAAGGAAAUAUAUGAAAUGGCAAUUUCAACGAAGACAGAAGUAGACAUAAGGAUAAUGAGCUCAUUUAUUAAAGCUGCGUUGUCAACUGGAAACACUGGUCAUAUCUUCGAUGCUAUGGAAAUCUUUUCCAAGUAUGGUAUCACCCGCUUUAUCAAAUCCGAAGACAAAGAACAAUCUCGGACGACGAAUAAGCACCAGCGCUUUUGGGAACAUAGACUAGCUACAGGACUUAGAGAUGCACUUGAUAAGCUUAAAACGCAGAAUGUACCCGGUAGGACGCGGAAGCAUAACUUACUCUUCGGUGAAUACGCGAGAGUGAUAGCCGGAAUAAUUGGAGAGAAGAAAGUAGUGAAUAGUAGGAACACAUAUGAUGAAUGGGAUAUAGACUUGUAA